AGCAUUUACUCUCCGCUCCAACUCAUUCGUCUCCCUCCUCCCCGCUAAUCUCGCCUUUUCCUCUUUCUUUUCUUUCUUUCCUUGAUGAAUAUUGAGGUCUCAACCAGUCGUGUCCUAACCCAGACACCCACACCCAAAUGUCGCUCCCCAUUUUCUUCUUCCUCUUGCUCUUGCUCUUCGUCUCAGCCCAUUCUUAUCCCUACUACGGGCUCUCGUACAACAUAGACUGCGGCAGCCCCACCGACUCCACCGACCCCUUCAACACCACGUGGCUCUCCGACCGCUUCUUCACCGGGGGAGCCACCUCCGUCGUCUCCGAGCCCCUCCAGUUCCGCCACCCCCAGGAGAAGACCCUCCGCUUCUUCCCCCUCGCCUCCGGCAAGAAGAACUGCUACGUCGUUCCCAAUUUGCCCUCCGGCAGGUACUACGUCCGCACAUUCACCGUCUACGACAACUACGACGGCAAGUCCCACUCGCCGUCGUUUGAUGCUUCCGUCGAGGGCACUUUGGUCUUCAGCUGGCGCUCGCCGUGGCCGGAGGACCUCCCCCGCACCGGAGCUUACUCCGAUCUCUUCGUUUCCAUCACCGACGGCGAAGCCGAUAUCUGCUUCUACAGUAUCGCCACUGACUCGCCGGUCAUCGGAUCUCUCCAGAUCGUUCAGGUCGAUCCGGAGUCGUACGACGCCGGUUUCGACGACGGCCGGAAGUAUAUUCUGGUCAAUUACGGCCGGUUGAGCUGCGGCUCCGGUCAGUGGGGUCCAGGAUUCAGCAAUGACACUGACCGGUUCAGCCGGUCGUGGCAAUCCGACGCUCCAUUCCGAGUGGUCGACUCCGGUUCCCCGGCCCGAACCAUUACGACUACGAAUUCAAUUUCCCACACCGGAGAUGGCCCCAAUUAUUUUCCGAUGAAACUGUACCAGUCGGCGACUGUGGCCGACGGCAAGGGAAUCUUGAAGUACAAUUUGGAUGUGGACGCCAAGCUGGAUUACUUGCUGUGGUUUCAUUUCGCUGAGAUUGAUUCAAAGAUGAACAAAGUGGGGGACAGAGUGUUUGAUAUAUUGAUCAAUGACGACAAUGUGACUCGGAUUGACGUUUACAAGGAGGUGGGGAGUUUCAGGGCGUAUACAUGGCAUUAUAUUGUUAAGAAUUUGAGCACUUCGCAUUUGAUUGUGAAGCUUGAGGCUGUGGCUGGUGUGCCGCUGAUCAGUGGGCUCGAAAACUAUGCCAUGGUUCCGGCAGAUGUUGCCACGAUUCCCGAACAAGUUGCCGCUAUGAGAGCAUUGAAGGAAUCGCUCCGUGUUCCUGAUAGGAUGGGGUGGAAUGGCGAUCCUUGUGCUCCUACUAACUGGGAUGCUUGGGAGGGUGUUACAUGCCAUCUCAAUAAGAAUGAAACUGCUCUCGUGAUCUCUCAAAUUGAUCUUGGAAGCCAAGGCUUGAAAGGUUUUAUUAGCGACCAGAUCAUCCUGUUGUCGGACUUGCUAAGCUUGAACUUGAGUUCUAAUAUAUUGGAGGGCACAAUACCAUCUGGGCUGGGCCAAAAAUCUCUCCAAAGGCUGGAUCUGUCAGACAAUCAGUUUACUGGUUCUAUACCAGAGAGCUUAACUUCUUCAAAUCUCCAGCUUGUGUUAUUGAACAACAACUUAUUGGAAGGCCGAGUGCCAGAGCAGCUAUAUUCAAUUGGAGUGCACGGUGGUGCUAUUGACCUCUAUGGGAACAAAGGUUUGUGUGGUGUUCCGCCUUUGCCUGAUUGUCCUUUAUUUUGGGAAAAUGGAGGCUUAUCUAUGAAGGGCAAAAUUGCAAUAGGCAUAUCUUGUGUUGUUAUUUUCUGUUUGAUGCUGUUGUUGCUGUACAUAAUCUACGUCCGACGGCGUAGGAAUGAUUACGACUUCGGCUUUCCUCAUGACUUAAUACCACUUGGUGCCAAGACAAACAGGUAUCAUAGACAGAAGUCCAUAGCUGUUCUUGAAAUGGAGAGCCAACAUGCCAAGGCUGAUCUACAGCCUUUACAAACUCCCCAAGGGAAGUGAUUGAUAAUCGGACAAUGUUAGCCUCAUUCCACUUACCAAGAAGACAUACAAUGACGAGCUUGAUUAUGUCUGUACAAAUUUCUCAAUCAAGAUAAACGACGGCAACUUCUGCUCCUGAACUUGUUGGACUCAUGGUUUUUGCAUUUUCUAACAAUGUGUUCAGGCACGAGGCCCUCUGAAGCCAGUAGUCUACACGAGACUUUUUUUUUUUUACUGACAAAAGAAAUGCACAAGGCCCCAGACAUAUUAUACCAACAGUUUGCAGGCUUUGAUGCAUAUACUGAUGUAAAUUUAUAGUUGAAUGCAUGGACUGCAACAUACCAGCAUUGUUUCAAUGAAUCCUUAGAGUUUUCCCCCCACAUCAUUCAUUUGCUCAAUCUCGGAUUAG